UGUGACCCGGGUCCUCCGCGUGCAAAAUUGUGUGCGUCAGUGCGGGCCUUCCACCUCUCGUAAGAGCGUUUCGCUCGGCUUUUUAGUAUGCCUCCCAUGGAAGACCCUUUCCAGCCCCCGAAGUUGGAUAACGAUGGUUCCUACUUGGGAAAACUGCAGGUUUCCAAGAAAGUGCCAUAUAAGAACCCAACUCACCUUGCUCAGCAACAGGAACCCUGGAAUCGGCUCAGCUCAACUCCCACGAUUACCUCCAUGAGGCAGGAUGUUUAUUUUUUUGAUCCUCAGAUACCAAAGGAUGACCUGGAUUUCCGCUUAGCAGCCUUGUACAACCACCAUACAGAGACAUUCAAGAACAAAAGUGAGAUAUUGAUACAGCAGGAGACCACCCAGGAUAUCCAUGGAAUCAACAAGAUCCAAUUCCCUGGAGAAUUUUUAGCCCCUCCUCCACCACCACCCAUCACUUCCCAAGCUAACAUCAGACAGUGGAUCAACCCUAAGAAGGAGUCUAUCCACAGCAUCCAGGGAUCCAUAGUGUCCCCUCACACUGGAGCCACCAAUGGAGGCUAUUCCCGAAAAAACGACGGUGGCUUCUUCUCCACCUAAUGUUGACAUUAGGCCCUGGACUAAUUCAUCAUAGUGGAACAUGCUGUCACCCACCUCCACUGAACAGAUUUGUGAAAGAUGAAGUCUGAAGUGUCUAUUACCCAUGGACUGAGUUGCCAUUUGCCUACUCUUAAAAUAUGGGAGGAAAGUUUCCCUACUUACAGAAACUAGUCCUCUUUGGCAUUAUUUUCAACUUUCAAGUUAUCUUGCUAAAAAGGAUUUAGGACAGAACAGCAUUUUUGGCAGGAGACAUAUUUCAUAAACUACAGUCAUUCCAACCAUAUAGAUACAGCCAUUCGACAUUUCUUGCGACAGGCACUAAGUGUUGGUGAAACAAGAAUAUCUUAAAAAGCAUACAUUGUGGUUUUAGUAGCUCUAUGCAGCAUUAAUAUUUAUUCUGAGGUCACAAUUAACAGAUUUCAGACCUGGAUUUGGUCAUUUGCUAGGGCUCUAUCAUCCUGAUACUGGCUCCUUUCUGUUGUUCAUUCUCUAACUCUGCUACUGUCUCCUUGCCUGGGAGUCAACUUCCCUUUUCUCUAUGUCAUUUUGUGCUGUGAAAUAUAGUCCCUGAUGUUAUAAACAUGGCUCAACAGUCUGGUGCUGGGGUUUGAAGGUAUCUAAAAAUGGACACAUGCAUGUUGUUUUUACAAUUAUUAAGUUAUUCAUAGGAACCUGUUAGGGCAAGAAAUGGCAGACCUACAAUUUAUUUAUUAUACAAUAAAUUUCCAUUUCUAAGCUUAGCAUAUGCAUUGUUGAAUAAUUCAGAUAUGAAAACGCUUUUUCCUGUACUUAUAUGCAGUGUUCUUAAAUACCACCAAACUGUCACAGCCCCUCUUCCAUGGUGAUACUCCAAUCUCUUAAGAUAGUACCUGCUGCCAAGUGAAGUUUCAGUUCACUUUAUUUAGAAUGGCUGAAAGUGGCAAGAAAGGUGACUGGAUAAUCACCUUAUCUGAUUAAUCUGACACUUAACAAAAAAAUUAUUGCUGUAAUCCGUGCAUACAGGCUUUGAAAAAUAUCGAUUCCUUUUCUGGUAAUUCUAAUUCAGUAAAUCUGGGGCUGGUCCCUGGAAUCUCAAUUCUUGUUAGCCCUCCAAGUGCUUAUGGAUAUAUACACACAUACAGACAUGCAUAUAGACCUCUAAUUCGGUGGCGGACUGUACAGUGCCUUUAGGCCAGGGGGCACCCGUGUUAGUAGAUACCAUACUAAAAUUCAUGACAAGGAUCCCAUUUGCUUCCAGCUCCCGCGGGAGGGGCGACAGCUCAUUCACCCUCCGCCUUCGUUCCUCAGCGCGCUGGGCGGCGGUACCCUGGGGCCGGGCUCAGAUCAGAAUCGCCUCGAUAAUCAGUGGCUCAGGACAACCCCGGCCUCGUCUAUCUGAUCAAUUCAUCACUUCUGAGCGCCGGGCCCCAUCGGACCGGUUUCGGGACCUCCGGGACCGCGGCGUUGCCGCCGCCCAAGGGGCCUUGCUGCACAGCGCCCCGAA